AACAAACCUCACCUACCUUUAUACCUCCCCGACCUAGAUCUAAACUUUUGCAACCUUUCAGACUCAGACUCAGACUCUUAACAAACUCGCUCCUAUACCCUCACCUCACACAACAUCAAUCAUGUCGUGGCAAGCAUACGUCGACUCAAGCCUUGUUGGCACCGGUCACAUCGAUAAGGGCGCCAUCAUCAGCGCCGCUGGAGACAGCGCCUGGGCUGCCUCUGCCGACCUCCAGCUCAAGCCUGAGGAGAUGAAGGCCAUCUCUGCCAUUGUUAGCGGUGACGAAAAGGCCAAGGACAAGGCUUUUGCCGAAGGUCUCUACAUCGCCGGUGAGCGAUAUGUCAUGGCCCGAGCUGACGGCCGAAGUAUCUACGCUCGAUCGGGUCGUUCCGGCGUCGCUGUCGCAAAGACCACCCAGGCCAUCGUCGUCGGCCACCACGGCGAGGCCCAGAUCGCCGGUAACGCCACCACCACCGUCGAGAGUCUUGCCGACUACCUCAUCAAGUCGAGCUACUAGAUAUUCGUUGGUGUGCAAGGCAAGGCGAAGAAGGGGUUUUGGGCGGAAUUAUCUGUGAGAAGCGUCAUAAAAAACGCUGUAUGUCCGUAGACCGGAUAGUCAACGCAGCUGUAACGAGCUUAUGCCAGGAGGAGCGCCUUUGUUUUUAGAACACUGGAGUUGGGCUUCGAGCUUGAGUGUAUGUGUGUACUUGGAGGACAUUUCCCCGGCCAGAGAUCGGUCAACAGAGUUUGUUUCUACUGCAUGAUUCUGCAUCUGGGCAGUCACAGUGCCCUCCAGAUCCUGUCUCUUAUUAGAUUUGAGCGAAAGUGAAAAAAUAUCUUUAGACGUCAUCCAUAUUGACUUUCCAUUACAACCC